CAGCAAUUCACGUUUUAAAGGACCUGCUUUCUUUGUCCCCUUUUACAAUCUGUUGCCUGCCCAUCCACGUUCAUUAAACCAAAGACUUCUCGUCCUUCUCGAUAGAAUCGUCACAUAAAACCGCUCUAUUAUUACCUAUUUGAACCCAGCAUGCGUUUCCUCACAAUCGUGGCCGUCUUGGCCGGUCUUGCCACCGCCGUUCCUACACCGGCUGCGGAGACAACCACAGCCAAGAGCUGCUCGGCGGUGUGCAAGAACCCUAGAGUACGAAAGGAAUGGCGGAGUCUUUCCAUCAGCGAGCGCAAGCAGUACCUGAACGCGGUGGUCUGCAUGACCAAGAAACCUUCCAAAGCACCGGCGAACUUGACCCUCGGCGUGGUAUCCCGAUUUGACGACUUCAAUGCGGUUCACAUCAUGAGCUCUGAUGGUCUCGUCCAAGGAACCGGCGGUGUUCACAUGGUCGGAUUCUUCCUCGCGUGGCACAGACUCUUCACGUGGUCUUACGAGACCGCUCUGCGCGAUGAAUGCGGUUACACGGGCGCCCAGCCAUACUGGGACUGGAGGAUCGACGCCGACAGCGGCGUGCCCAUGGCGGAGUGGGAAAUCUACAAUCCAUCCCACGGGUUCGGCGGCAACGGUGACUUCGUUUUGGAGCAGAACGUGACCGCGUCGUGGCCGUACCUGGCCGGACAGACCGGCGGCGGCUGCGUCAACGACGGCCCGUUCAAGGACACCGUCAUGAACGUCGGUCCCGGCUCGACGCUCACGCAUAACCCCCACUGCCUCCGCCGCGGCUUGAACCCAGAUACUAUCCCGUGGUUGACCAGCGCCCGUGUCGCAAUCGCCCAGGCGAAGGCGGAUUUCCUCUCCUACGAUGCCGCCGUGCAGGGUGCCCAGGACAUGAACCCCGCAGACGGCAUUCAGCUGUUCCACGGCUCCGGUCACUACAUCCACGGCGGUGACUCGACGGAUUUCAUCUCCAGUAGCACUGAACCAAUCUUCUACCUCCACCACGCCUUCCUCGACAAGCUCUACUGGGAGUGGCAGAUGAUGAACCCGACUGUGCGCCUGUCCGAGAUCGGCGGAGUCCGGAUCCCGUUCCACCCCGACUCCGGCCCCGUCGCGCUCACGGACAUCCUGGACAUGAAGUUUGCGUACAAGAGCGGAGUCGAGAUCAAGAAAGUGAUGAACAUUCGCAACGGCGAGCUCUGCUACACUUACCAGUAAAUUUAAGUUUUGGGGCGUAGUGGCAGUGCAUGGGGGAUGGCAUUAGACGUUUCGGAUGAGUGGGGAUAUUAUUUUUCGGCUAUCCAUCUAUUUAUUUGUCCUAUUACCAUGUUUUAUUUCCGUAUUUUUUAUUUAUUUAGUGGUGGCUUGUGGAUUCGUCAUUUCCUGCGAUACGAUACGAUACGAUAGCAU